GUCGGCCUGGUCAAUUUGGCUAGCCAGCUAGCUUAAAGAGCUAGACCUAUCUUGAAGUUAUCGACUGCAGGACAAGCAACAUAAGAGGAAUGAGUGAUGACCUCUGUUGUGGUGGCAGACGGUGGAGGGAAUAUGGUGGAGUACGUCACUGUCAUGGAAGAGACUGAGCAGAGUCAGGAGAACCUCGGUGAGGAGGGAGAGGUGGUGCAGGAGAUAGUGGAGACUGUAAUAGGGGAGGAUGGGGAGGAGUAUCCUGCUGUGGUGGUGGAAGAGGUGCCCAGUGCCCAGUUGGAGCAGUGCUACGCUGCCCAGGUGUUGGUCUAUGAUGACGGGACCUAUCUGAUGCAGGACGUGGGAGACGAGCAGGAGGUGGUCACCGAGGUAGUGGAGACAGUAGAGGUGUCGUCACACGGGGGCAUGGUGUGCUUUGAUAAGACCUUCGAGGCGGCCGAGGCCCUUCUUCACAUGGACUCCCCCAGCAGUUUCCAUGGAGACCGCAACAACACAGUGGAGGACGUGAUGAUGGAGACGGUGGUGGAGGUGUCUACAGAGUGUGAGCCCAUAGAAGAGGACAGCUUCCCUAUACCCCCAGACUAUGAGCCUCCGUCUGCCAAGAAGAAGAAAGGGGGACGGAAGCCGAAGACACAACAGCCUCAGCCUGACACCAACGGCAACAUUGACCUGGGGAUCAGGCAGAGACCCAGAGAGGGAAAAGGGAGCACCACCUACCUAUGGGAGUUCCUGUUGGAUCUCCUCCAGGAUAAGAACACCUGUCCCAGGUACAUCAAGUGGAUGCAGCGGGACAAGGGCAUCUUCAAGCUGGUCGACUCCAAGGCCGUGUCCAAGCUGUGGGGCAAACACAAGAACAAACCUGACAUGAACUAUGAAACCAUGGGCAGGGCACUCAGGUAUUACUACCAGAGGGGGAUCCUAGCCAAGGUGGCAGGCCAGAGGCUAGCCUACCAGUUUAAAGACAUGCCCAAGAACAUCAGGGUGAUCGACGAUGACAGGGAGGAGGAGGAGGGAGAGGAGGGGGAACCCUCUGAGCACCACCAGACACUGAUUAUUGACCCUGCCACCUCCACCCAGACACAGCAGAGCUACGUCACCGUCAUACCCACCUCGUCCGGCAACAGGACCAUGCGUUUGGCCAUGCCCAUGGUCAUGACGACGACACUGGGUCAGAUGACCCUCAACUCCUCCACCGUCUUCACCACCCAGGCUCCCAUCACCCUGGGCAACGCCCACGCUGGCGGGCCCAAGCUGGUGAUCCAGACCCUGCCUGCCAUGAUGCCCGCCGGGGCCAAGAGCGGAGAGAAGAUCACCAUCAUCACCAUCCCGGCGGCCCAGCUAGCUCAGCUAACGCAGGGCAACCUUUCAGCCCAGCUCUCAGGCCAGCUAGCUCAGCUCAUACAGGCUAAACCAGUCACCCAUCUGGUGCAGGCUAAACCAGUCACCCAUCUGGUGCAGGCUAAACCAGUCACCCAGCUGGUGCAGGCUAAACCAGUCACCCAGCUGGUGCAGGCUAAACCAGCCCCUCCACUCAUACUGGCAAAGCCUGUGACUGUGACCCAGCAGCCACCUGCUGCCUCCCCUGUAGGUAAACUACAGCUCCCUCCCUCCACCACCAUCACAAUCCGUGUACCUACCCCCUCUACACACCCUGAAAAAGAAGCCAUCUCACCCUACACAGCCCUUCCAGAGUCCACCCCUCCAGUGAGCACGGAGCUCCCCCAGUCUAGCCCGGGAGACCCCUCUGACUCUGGAGUCGGCACAGAACCCAGUGGACCCUGAAUCUUGAACUCAAGGCCAAGGGGCUCGACAGCUACUGACUCCAUAUUGACCCUGUGUUUUGAAGUGGAGUCUUCCCUUCCCAUCCUCCAAUCACUGGGCAGUGGAGCUGUAGGACCAUACAGAGGAUGAGAGCUCUGAACCUCAGCUAUGGAGCUCCUAGUUACCAGGGAGCUAGUCUUCAAACUGGAGCUGCAGUGCCAUCCCUCCCUCCACAUCAGAAAACCAGGAAAAGAGAUGAGGAUAAAGGGACUUUGUAUACAUAAUACAUAGCUACACUCUCCUACGUAUUGAUUUGGACAGUGAAGCUAAAACGUUUAAUUUGGCUCUCUACUCGAGCAUUUUGGAUGUGAUUAAUUAUUUGGGCGGCAGGGUAGCCUAGUGGUUAGAGCGUUGGACUAGUAACCGGAAGGUUGCGAGUUCAAACCCCCGAGCUGACAAGGUACAAAUCUGUCGUUCUGCCCCUGAACAGGCAGUUAACCCACUGUUCCCAGGUCGUCAUUGAAAAUAAGAAUGUGUUCUUAACUGACUUGCCUGGUUAAAUAAAGGUAAAAUAAAAAUUAAAAAAAAAAAUCAUGUGAGGUGACCGUACAGAAUGUCACCUUUUUUAUUUGAGGGUAUUUUCAUGCCUAUCUUUUUCACCGUUUAGAAAUAAUCACUUUAUGUAUCUAUUCCCCCAACUUGAAGGUGUUAUACAUAUUUGGUCAAAUUCAGUAGUAUGUGUAUUAAAGUAGUCAAAAGUUUAGUAUUUGGUCCCAUAUUCCUAGAACGCAGUGACAUCAAGCUUGUGAUUCUGCAUUUGCACUUUGCUUUGGCUGUGUUUCAGAAUGUUAUGUCCAAUAGAAAUUAAUAGUAAAUAAUGCAUUGUCAUUUUUAAUUUAAAUAUUACAGAACAUUUCUGAACACAUACCUUAAUCUGGAUGCUACCAAGAUUACGGAUAAUCGUGAAUAAGUGAGAGUGUGAGUUAGAGGCAUAAAUAUCAUACCCCCCCAAAAAGUGAUGGUGAGAGGUUAGCCUUUCUUGGGGGUCUGAUCUUUGUGCCUCUAGCUUAUCAUUAUUCACAGUUCAUGCAAGAUUAUCAGUAAUUAUGGUAGCAUCCACAUUUAAUGUAGAAGUGUUCAGAAACCUAUUCAAUUUGUAUUUGUUUUGUGACUCCAAAAUGACACAUUGUUGUGCCAAAAAGAAAUGGUAAAUAAUCUGAAAUACAGCCAAAACAAACUGCAAAUGCAUCCAACAAGUUUGUAGAGUCACAAGCUGAUGUAGUCAUUGCAUGCCAGGAAUAUGGGACCAAAUACUAAACUUAUGUAUAUUAAAUACUUAUGAUACCUUCAAAUGGACUGUUUUCAUUUAACGGUAAAACAGAUGUGUAGGAAAAUACCCUCAAAACAGGUGACAUUCUGAACGGUCCCCUCAUAUGAAACAUUUAAUCUCAAAUUUUAAAUGCUGGCGUAUAGAGCCAAAUUAAACAGCUUCACUGUCCAGAUACAUAUGUAGGGGAGUGUACAUGCUUUAGAAGCUCUUUGGAUCUCAAACGAUGGGCAAGCCUUAGAUUGUACAUUGAACAUGCUUCUUUUAAUCAAAAACAUAAUAUAAAGGAAGCCUGAAAGCUUUGUGUAAACUUUUUGAUACUCUUCAGCAGGUUACGUACGAUGUAUUCUAAGUUCAAUGCAAGUGUAGUUCUUUUGUCUCGUAGUUGAAAUCUUUGGGUUUUCCUCUGACUGGUUGGUUCCCAUCAUCUAGCUAUGGAAAGUAGUCUAGUCCUCCACAGCACUGUCCCUCCACACUCAAUGUUUUUUUUUGUGUUAUUAUAUAUAUUUUUUACUGUUCAGAAAAGGGAGCGAAAGGAUGUUUGUGUUGAAAGACAGAUCCAGAUGGUAUAUUCCCACAUUUUGAAGCAUAUGCUAUUUUCAUGUACUCUCAAAGUGUAUUGAUGUAGAUUUUACUGAAGUAUGUAUUAUAUAAAAACAUGAAUUGAAA